GAGAACCCCCCCCCAAACUGACGCAAUCCCAGGGAAUGAGCCGAAACAUCGCUCUGAAAGGCCCCCAGCAAGCCCCAGUGAUCCUCUACAACCGAACCACAGCCAAAGCCACGGCCUUUGCUGAAACCCUGAACGCCCAAACCGCCCACGCAGCCAUUGCAGAGCCAUCGCUACCCAAGCUGGUGCAGGACGCCUCCAUCACCUUCAUCUGCGUCGGGGACGACUCCGCCCUGGACCAGAUCAUCCACAGCAUCACCGCAGACCAGGACGCCGAUCUCACAUCCAAGAUCAUCAUCGACUGCUCGACCGUCCACCCCGACACGUCGCGCCGCACACAUGCCGCGCUCGCCGCGCGCGGGGCGUCGUUCAUCGCCUGCCCCGUGUUCGGGGCGCCCAACAUGGCAGACGCCGGCCAGAUGAUCGUUGUCCCCGCGGGCGCCGCCGAGGCCGUGGCGCGCGUCCAGCCCUUCUUCGAGGGCGUGACUGCGAGAAAGACCCUCGACCUUGGCGAACGCGGCGCCCGCGACGUCGGCCUCGCCACCACGCUCAAGCUCAUCGGGAACAGCUUCAUCCUGAACACGGUCGAAACGGUCGCGGAGAGCUUGGUUGUCGCGGACAAGUCCGGCCUGGGCGCCGAUAAGUUCCAGGAGUUCAUGCACGCUUUCCUGCCGGGCCCGUUUGCCAAGUACGCCGACCGCAUGUGCUCGGGCGACUACUAUCAGCGGGAGGAGCCGCUGUUUGCGGUGGAUUUGGCCCGCAAGGAUGUGCGUCUGGCGGGCGAGAUUGCUGAGAGAGCGGGCGUGACGCCACGGAGCUUGCAGGUGACAGAUGGGUAUUUGCAGCAGGUGAAGGCGGAGAAGGGCGUGAAGGGGGAUAUUGCGGGUGUGUAUGGUGCUAUUCGGAAGGAGUCUGGUCUUCCGUAUGACAACUGAACAAUCACAUAUACAUAUAUAUAGUUAUAUAUAUAUAUAUAUGAUUUCAAGAGAGGUCUGCACCUUGUAGACGUAUAGUCUACGUAGGGCAUACAUAGGACUACAACAACAUACAGAGCUACAACCUCAUCCUAGAGGCAAAGCGAGGAAAAGUAAAGAGUGUAACUAUCAGAAUCAAGACCCUUCUCAACCCCCCCCUUUUCCAAUGUAAAA